CAGAGGCUGGCGCGGGUGACAGAGUCAGUCUGUCAUUUCCGCUUGGCGUCGAACGACUGCGUGACUGAGAUGCUGAGCCUCCGCCGCCUCCACCCGCUCUUGCUGCACCGCACUUUCGCCUCGUCGGCGCGACCGCUCCUUGACAUCUAUCAGGAGGCAGUGACGAAGCAAGAGAUUCGCGCUGACGCCGUACAGGUCAAGGCACUCGUGCACCUCCAGCGCCUCCAGGAUGAAGUGCUCGACAUGGACCUCUCGACGCCCGCUGCAAUUGCGAUCGAAGAGCCGACAUCCAUGUUUUCGGCCUGGUUUGGUGCAAAGGAAGCGCGCGUGCCUGAAAAGAAGGCGAGCCCCAAGGGCGUCUACAUGCACGGCGGCGUGGGCUGUGGCAAGACGUUUCUUAUGGACAUGUUCUACGACAACUUGCCAAUCGAAAGCAAGCGCCGUGUGCACUUCCACAAGUUUAUGCUCGAAGUUCACGAGAAGAUGCACACGCUGCGCAAAGCAGGCUUGCACGAGGAUCCAAUCCCGCACAUCACGAAGGAGCUUGUCGCGACGAGCCGCGUCAUUUGCUUUGACGAGUUUCAAGUCACGGACGUCGCUGAUGCGCUUAUUUUGCGCCGCCUCUUUUCGGCCAUGAUCGAGGCCGGUAGCAUCGUCGUUGCUACAUCCAACCGCCCACCGACAGAUUUGUAUAAGAACGGUCUCCAGCGCGACUUGUUUUUGCCGUUCAUAGCGCUGCUUCAGGAAACUUCUGUCGUGCACUCACUUGACGAGUCCUCAACGGACUAUCGCAAGCUCAAGGGCGAAGAUGAAGUUGAACACGUAUAUCGACAGCCUCUCACGGAAGCCAACCGGCGACUGUUCUACGAGCACUUUAAGCUCUUCACCAAGGGCGACGCAAUCGAGCCCGUGAAGCUGCACACGCAGGGUCGUACCGUGAACGUGGAACACGCGGCGAUUCGCGAAAAAGUUUGCCAAGUUACGUUCUCCGAGCUCUGUGACAAGCCGCUUGGCGCUGCCGACUAUCUCGCCCUUGGCGAGGCUUUCGACACUGUGUUUGUCCAGGAUAUUCCGCUCCUCGAUAUUAGCAACCGCAACACGACACGUCGUUUCAUCACAUUUGUCGACUGCAUGUAUGAGAAGAAAGUCCAGCUCUACUGUCUCGCGGACGCGCUUCCGAUGCAUCUCUUGGUGCAAAACCCAGAAAGCAAAUCCGUGCUUGACGAAGCAUUUGCGUUCGAUAGAACAGUCUCCCGUCUCCUCGAGAUGCAAAGCGAGGAGUAUGUGACGAAGGCUAUCGAUGCGCAAAAGCCGGACCGAUUCGAGCUCCUCGAGACGCUGCGUGUCAAGGAAAUUCUGUACGAUGACGUCAAAGUACGUCGCGUUGCCUAAAGUUAUCAACGAACGUGUCUUGUUGCGACUAGAGACUCUGGAAUGGGUACAACACCAACGCCAAUGGCUUCUUGGAGCAGCACGAGAUGCGCGUGCUGCUGGAAGACAUUAACGAGCUUCAUGACGGAUCGCGCGAUGUACCGCCGCAAGUGCUCGAAGAGAUCUUCCGUGAAUAUACCAAGAAGGUGCCGCGCCUUACGUUCCCGCAGUUUCAAGCGUUCUGGAAAGCCAAGGGCCUUACCAAGUGGUGGUAAGAUGAUACUUACAUGGACCAGGCAGGCAUCUACCGUAUAUGAACGUGUUUCGCGUUAUCUUUAUCACAAUAACUUCGAUCGAAUACGUACAUACUGUACUAGCAA